UGUAAAAUUAACUUUUUUUCUCUCUCUUUUCAGUUAUCUAAUGAGAAUGAAGUAAUCGUAAGAGUAAUUCAAAGACUUUGCGAAAAAAGGAAGAAGAAUGUCCUUGCAUUUGGGUAUGCGUUAUUGGAUGAAAACAGUUCCUAUUUGCAGGUUAUGUCUUCAAAUAUAUGCAGCUAUCUACCUAACACGGCAACAGAAACUCUUCGCAUCAGUGCCCUCUGGGAAACGUUGCUGAGCAGGAUAGGAGAUGAUGUUAUGAUGUAUUUAUUGGAACACUGUGCAAUCUUUAUGCUAGUGCCACCUAGUUGCUGCUAUCAGAUUUGUGGGCAGCCUGUGUAUGAGCUUAUUUCAAGUAAUGCAGUAGCUGCCCCAGUGUUUGUUAAACAAAGGUAUUCAAAAAGUAGGCAUAAUACUUUGUAUGACUAUGUAGAGAAGAAAUUUCAGUUUCAUAAAAGAAGCUUAUCGAAGACAAACAGGUGGAAAUGGAAACAAAGAACAGAAAUGACUCUCUUGAGCACUAAAAGUCCACGGAGUAAUAAAACACCAGGCUUUGUGUCUGAUUCUGAGCAGUCACCCUCAGCUAAGGGAGCUAUUGGGCAAAAUUCUAAAACAAACAGACUGGUCAUUAUGGUCCCUGGACACCUGGAAAAUGAGAGAGGACCUGACCCACAUCCAGUUGCUACAGCCACACCAAAAAGGAAGCUUGAUAGGGAGCAGUUUGAAAUGACAACUAAGAGGAUGAAGAUGAACCUCGGGGAAGAAAAGCUAGAAAGGGAUGCUUGGAGCCUGGGUCCUAAUGUAGAUAAAAAUAAGUCCACUCAAGAUUUCAUUUAUGAUAGACAGUCUCUUUCAUGUGUAGAAUCGUUUUCUGUAAAUAAUUGUAUUGAAAUUAAGUCCAUAUCUCAAGGAAAUGAGGGUGGAGCAGAGACACUUGGUGCACUUUCUUUAGUCCAGGAAGCUCAAGACAGUAAGGAAAAGUCUGUGGCAGAUGAUGAGAAUUUAAAGCUGCAUGUUCAGUGUAAUAAACUUUAUAAGUCUAGCACUGAGACUAAAAGAAAUUCCAGCAGAGAGGGAGCAGAGCUAGACAUCUGUACAUUUCAGGUUGGUUCUGUACAAAUGAAAAAAACGAAAGACACGUUUUUAAAAUAUAGAGGAAUUAAGUGCCCUUCAGAUAAUAUAGUUAAGCUGUCCAAUAAAAUGUCACGUUCCAGAGUAUACAUUGGGAGGAAAUGUCUCUUGUAUUCUUCCAGGAGCUUUCAAGAAUGUUUCCCUAAAUCAUUUUUAUUGAAUCGCUUAAAGGGCUGCAAAGCAGGAGGACAACGACUUGUAGAAACAAUAUUCUUAAACAGCAAAAUGUUGGCAGAAAAAUUCAAUAAAAAUCAACUGAAUUACACUUGGAAAAAGAAAAGAUUGCCCAAACGUUACUGGCAGAUGAGAGAUGUAUUUCAAAAAUUGUUAAAGAAUCAUGCAAAGUGUCCUUAUUUGGUACUUUUAAAAAAGAAUUGUCCUGUUUUGAUUUCUGAGACAAAUUCAAGCAAAACUGAAACAGCGUGUCAGUCAGCUACAAGUGACAGAACACAGAUUUAUAGGGAAGCAGAAGGUCAAGUUGGGAAAGAGCAUCCUGUAUGUUUGACAAACAAUAGCAGAGAACGUGGUUGCAGUGGUAUUCCAAAUGGAUCGUGUUUGCUUCCAAAAAGAACUUUAGCUCAUUUAAGUAUCUUAAGCAGCCCUGAAAAAUCUGUGUUAGGGCACACAGAAAAUGAAAGACAAAAUGCCAAAGGCCUCUGUGAUCUUGGCAUGAAAGAACUUCUCCGACAGCACAGCAGCCACUGGCAGGUGUAUGUUUUUGUGCGGGAAUGUUUAGACCUGGUGGUACCUGCACAGCUGUGGGGUUCUAGCCAUAACAAAUGCCGCUUUUUUAAAAAUGUGAAAACCUUCAUCUCCUUGGGUAAAUUUGCCAGGUUUUCUUUGCAGGAAUUGAUGUGGAAGAUGAGAGUGAAUGACUGUACAUGGCUUCGUGUGACCAAAGGUGAUCAUUUUGUUCCUGCUUUGGAACACCGUUAUCGUGAGGAAAUUUUGGCCAAGUUUCUAUACUGGCUAAUGGAUACCUAUAUUGUACAGCUGCUCAGGUCAUUUUUCUACAUCACUGAGACUAUGUUCCAGAAGAAGAUGCUUUUCUUCUAUCGAAAACGAAUUUGGAGAAAGUUACAGAACAUCGGAAUUAGAAAUCAUUUUGCUAAAGUGCGUCUUCGUGCAUUAUCUGCAGAGGAGAUUGAAGAAAUACAGCAGAAGAAAUAUGUUCCUAUGGCAUCAAGACUUAGGUUCAUCCCUAAACCAAAUGGAUUGCGACCUAUAGUAAAAGUUGACAGUGUUGUUGGAGCAAAAAUAAUGAGCAGGAAAAGCAGAGACAAGAAGGCUGAUUAUUUCAACACUCAACUUAAAAAUCUAUUUAGUGUUCUGAAUUAUGAACGAACUGAAAACCCCCAUCUCCUGGGAUCCUCAGUGUUUGGGAAAGAUGAUAUAUAUAAAGUAUGGAGAAAGUUUGUUUCUGAGGUUCUUGACUCAAAUGAUGGAAUACCUUGUUUCUACUAUGUGAAGGCUGAUGUGACUGGGGCUUAUGAUGCUAUUCCUCAUGAUAAACUUGUGGAUGUCAUUUCACAAAUCCUGGAUCCUGAGAAAAAAACAGUCUAUUUCAUACGGCGCUAUGCAGUGAUCAAGAUUAACAUGAAUGGACAAAUCAGAAAAUACUACAGAAGACAUGUUUCUACUUUCAAGGAUUUUAUAUCCCAUAUGAGACUAUUUGUAUCCCAUCUGCAAGAGAGUACAUUGCUACAAAAUGCCAUAGUGGUUGAACAGAGCCUUUCUUUAAAUGAGACAAGCUCCAGCCUGUUUGAUUUUUUUCUGCAAAUGAUCCAUAACAACAUCUUGGAGAUUGAGGGCAGGUACUACUUACAGUGUUGUGGAAUUCCUCAGGGCUCCAUUUUAUCAACUCUGCUUUGCAGUUUAUGCUAUGGAAACAUGGAAAACAAAUUAUUUUAUGGAAUACAGCAAGAUGGAGUGCUGAUACGGUUAAUUGAUGACUUUUUGCUUGUAACACCUCACUUAAUACAAGCAAAAGCUUUUCUGAGGUAUGUUGUCAAAGACCCAAGUUUAAAAUAAAAAUAAUUAGAACAG